GUGGCUAAUAAAUGACCAGGCUUGACCCAGAGGAUUUGGGCCUGCACCCCCACCUCACUCAAUAAAGACUAAGGAGUGAGAGAAGGGGGAGUCCCAUUGGCAUUCUUUAACAUCUCCGUUGCUCACUGGUGUUCAGAGAGCCAUCUGUAGAUCAGGAAGACAAAAAGACGCUCCUGAGCCUUGGCGUCACUCAACAGGAUUGUCGAAGGUCAGGUGUCAGUGGUGAAAUGGACUUCUUGUCAGCAUGGAUUGUGUCUCCUUCAGCUCUACCCUUUCUCUGUCUCAUCUGGGGCAUGCAGGCCCAGCAGGCCUUCAGGUCUGAGCCCAGGAAUCUCACUGUGCGGAUGGGAGCCACAGCUGUGUUGAGGUGUGAGGUGCUGCGGGCCUCAGGGACUGUGCAGUGGGUGAAAGACGGCCUCCUCCUGGGACUUCAGAGAAGCCUGCCAGGCUUUCCACGCUACAGCAUGAUUGGAAACCCCAAGAGAGGGCAGUAUCAUCUUCAGAUUCAAAAGGCCCAACUGGAGGAUGAUGCCCCCUAUGAAUGUCAAGCGGGCCAGUCUGAGAGCAGUCAAGCAAUCAUUUCCAGUACAGCCUGGGUCAAUGUGCUAAUUCCUCCUUCCAAGCCAUACUUUGAAGUGGACAUGGCAACACCUUGGGUGGCAGGGAAGGAGUACACCAUCACCUGUAUUGUCCCUGACGCGAAGCCUGUGGCUUUAAUCACACUUUAUAAAGAUGGAGUCAAGCUGACAGGUGCAGAGUCUUUCACCAUGUCUGGCUCAAAGGAUAAGCUCCUGAACACGCAUGCUGAAGUAACGGUCACCGCUGUGAGCUCUGACAACGGGAGGCAGCUGGCAUGUCAUGCCAACAACCACGCCCUUUUCCGGCCUGUGGAGACCACAAUGACCAUGAGCGUGUACUUCCCACCUCAGCCUCCAGUUAUUGUGGGUCUGGAGAGAGAGGAAGUCAAAGCGGGGAAAAUGCUCGUGUUGGAGUGUGUGUCUCAUGGUGGAAACCCCCUAGCCAGUCUCCAAUGGACCAAGGAUGGAGAAGUUCUGUCCACAGUUUGGGAGGAGAAUGUUGUGGUACAGACGACCAGAAGUAUCCUCAACCUGAAGAUCACCCCUGCGGACAACCAGGCAGUGCUGUGCUGUGAAAGCGUCAAUCUAGUCUCACCAUCACCUCUGUCUGUCAGCCGCAAAAUUACUGUGCUCUUUGAGCCUGCAGAAGUGAUGCUGUUGGGUUCGCUCACAGCCAUUGAGGGUCAGGAGUUGAAUCUGAGCUGCUAUGCCACCUCCAGUAAUCCCCCUGUCCAGAUUCGCUGGUGGCUGGGCUACAAGGAGCUCAACGCCUCUGUUGUCACUAUGGAGGAGGGAGACAAUGGUGGGAUGACAACCAUGUCCAACAUGACCCACAGGGUCUCCCGGGAUGAGAACGGGCUGAAGCUCACCUGUGAGGCUUUCAAUAAGGGCACACAUUUCUCCAAGACCCAAAUCACCGAACUCAAUGUCUAUUACCCUCCUCAAAAAGUAUGGCUCGAUACUCCUCCUCAAGAUGUCCCCCUUCGUUCAGGGACCACGGUCCGUCUCAUCUGCUUCUCCACUGGAGGGAACCCCCAUGGGACUCUGACCUGGUUCAAGAAUGGAAGGGUUGUGACAAGUGCACUGAAGCAGACGUCCUUUGAUCUGGGUGUGGCUCGAGAACUGGUCCUGGUUCUGACGGCAAGUGACAACAUGGCUACCUACCGCUGCGAUGCCAGAAAUGAGGCAAAGAAGACCAUCUCUGCCCACGCUAAGCUCAUAGUUCACUUUACAGCAGUCAGUAUGAAGAUCACAACCAAACAGGAGGAGCUACGUCGCGGCCAGAUGCUAACUCUGGAGUGCCAGUCUGGAAGCAGCAACCCCAAGGCCAACAUCUCCUGGAGCUUGGGCUCACUCAGGUUCCAGGGAGUGGAGCAACCACCCAGGAAGGCUCAAUUUAGUGGUGUGUCAGUGAACAGUUUUCUAUCCCUGAAUCUGACUUCACAACAUCACAACCAGAGGGUCACUUGCCAGGCCAAAAGCCCUGCACUAGAGGAGGGGGCCAACACAUUCUUCAAACUCAAUGUGCUUUACCCACCAGAGUUCAGCACACAGCAGCCAACUCAAGUCCAGGUGGUGGAGGAUGACAUGGCAACCAUCCCACUGCUGGUCUCAGCUAACCCAGAGGAGGUCUCCUGCAUUUGGCUGCACCGCAGGGAGAAGCUGGUCAAAGAGGGGGAUCUGCGCUACCACUGGCUGGACGACAACUCACUGGAGAUCAAGAAUGUGACGAGGAAAGAUGCCGGACUUUACACAGUCCAGUGCACAAAUGACGAGGGUUUUGACCAAACCUCCAUCAUGCUGGACGUUCAAUAUGCUCCCAGUGUCAAGGCAGAGAAGGACCCUGUGUUUGUGAACCUUGGGGAAACAGCAGACCUGAUAUGUGUGGCAGAUGCCAACCCCAUUAUACCUGACAUGUUCUCUUGGAAAUUUCUGGGAGAAGGGGAGGUGGAGUUGGGAGAGGAGACUCAGGAAGACGAAUCUGGCCUUCUGACCAUCUAUGAUGUGACUCGGGCUCAUGCUGGUCUUUACCAGUGCACAGCCAAUAAUGGCAUAGCACCCCUUGCCACUGUAGACGUGCGGCUAGUAGUGCAAUUCAAACCAGAGCUUCAGAAAGGAGCCCAGUGGAGGAAGGUGGCAAGUAGAGGGGAUGGCACUUCUACAGCAGAGGUAGUGUGUCAGGCAGAGGGUAUUCCCCGUGUCGACUUCUCUUGGGAAAAAAAUGGUGUACGCAUGGACUUUGCAAACCCCAGGUAUGAGGAACGGACCGUGCGGGAAGGCUCCUACCACACCAGCACAGUUCGAGUAGUAAAUGUGAGCGCAGUUCUGGACUAUGCUGUCUUCAGCUGCACUGCUCGCAACUCACUUGGGGAAGACAACCUAGACAUCCAGCUCGUCAGCACAAACAGCCCAGAUCCUCCUUCAUCGUUUCGCCAAGUCGAUGCCACCCACGACUCAGUCACUCUGGAGUGGAUCCCUGGCUUCAAUGGUGGUUUGCAGCAAAGAUUUCGUAUAAGAUACCUUUGGGAUCAGGUAGCCAGUUUCCUGUACAUGGACGUAUUUCCUCCUGGCGCAGCAACCUUCAGUGUCACUGGCCUGCAGCCUGUCACCACCUACAACUUCUCUGUUAAUGCCCUGAAUGCGAUGGGAGAGAGUGGCUAUGCUGACAACAAUGCAGUACUGACCAUAACCACCAAGGAGAGGCCAGAACUAGAAGAAGUCCCAGCAGAUGAUGACUCAGUCUCACAGAGUGCAAGUGGACUGCCAGCCUAUUUCACAGUAGUGUUCACAGUGGUGCUCGGAGUUGUGCUGGUAUUGAAUUCGCUGGGCUGCUUCUUUGGAUUGAAGUGGAAAAAGAGGCGAGGUCAGACAGGGGGUAGAGGGGGCAGUGUGUUGGACGGAAAGAAGAACGAAGAGGAGGGGUCCAGUCAGUCAACUGUAAGCAACUCCAAUAAGUACGAAAGCAGAGAAAAGAUCAACGUCGCAGCCCAGCGCACCCUCCUCAUCGACUCUGGAUCCGAAACAGACAGCAAUGUCUAUGAGAGCUAUGCGGCGGAAAGUUCCCAUUAUUAUUACCCCACCGGUGACUACAUGCCGCCUCUCAGUCCACACCCUGAGGAAAUGCGUAGACUUGAUGUCACCCACCUCCCCGUGGACUCUCACAGCCAUCUGUAUGAAGAUGUAAGAGACAGGGGUCUGUACCAGGACAUCCUGGCUUCCUCUCUUCCGUCUCCUCUGCCCUUGCCUGACCACAGAUUGCCUCAUCAAAGGACUGAGUGGAGAUCACCAACCCACCCUCAGCAGGGUACGGAGAAAAUGAGGCAGUUCAUGGGUGUUCGACAACCGCAGAGAGAUUCUGAUCUUCCCUUUGAACUACAAGGCAGGACAUUCAAGAGCCAAGGCCUUCACUAUCUGACCAAUAUCUGUUGAUGAUGUACAUUUCAAGCUGCAGACUGAUGCUGUCAUUGACCUGCCAGCCUGCUGAGAAAAUGCAGAACACCUGCAAAAAUAGGUGCUGUCUCCCUGUAUUAUACUAUGGGUUUGUGUGCUCUUUGUAUUUGUGUAACUUCCUCUUUAAUAUAUUGUGCAGAGAUCAGACACUUCCUCAAAGUUUCCACGGCUCCUUUUUAUUCCUGCUGCCUUGUAGUAUGCACAAAUAGUGACUGGGCUUUUAUUAUAUCUGCACACAGAGCCGUUAUGCACGCACCCUGUUCCUGCUUCCAGUUUCUGCUUUUCCCCCCAAGCACGAUUUGUCACAUCAGUCUCAUGAGUACACACGUAACACAGAUAACUCAGCACAGACAACACAUAUAGUCCAAUGAGACACACGUACAAAGAAUAAAGCGUAUAAUCUUUAUUUACUUUUCCUCAAUAGAAAACCCCACUUUUUCUACUUUGAUGGUUUGCUUCAUGAGUUUAUUUUCAGAGCAUUAUUUGCCCUGGAAAUAUUUAUUAACAGUAUGUGAGAGGUGAUAUUUAAACCCUGGUGAGGAUGUUAUAGUCCACACAUUCGUCCAAGCCACAAAAAUGCUGUUUCUUCAAUGAGGGCCUGACUGCCUGGAAAUAAAUCUCAAUGUUUCACAGAGCUGCGUUACCUCAAUUAGGCUCGCUAUUCUCCAUCAUGAGCUGUCAAGGUAUGUUUGUCUCAUUACUGAACAAUUGUUUAAGUUCCUGUCAAGCUGACUGCUGUGUUCAUACCAAAGCCUCUUCAUGAUGCAUCAUUUCGGCUCAGGCAGGAACGAUAAUCUGCUAAACUGAAGCCUUGACAGCUCAAUGCUGUAUGUCAACUUCUAUUUUUCCUCACUUGCCUCGUGAACAUUUUGAUAUGUUUUGUUCAGAAGAAUCUCAAGGGAGCUCGAACAUACAGGCUGCAUGAGUGCACAAUUAAGUCAAAAGAGAAACAAAUAAGAGACUUUAAUUACCUCAGCUCCUGGAGAGUGCUUUCACAUCCUUUGUUACCCCUCUCCUGAUUUUCUUUUUAACAAAACAAAUAUGAGAUUGAAUAAUGCUUUUUUAUCACUUUAACAGGUUGUGCUACCAGUGGGGAGCUAACUCAAAUUUAACUCAAAUUUCUGCAAACCAUGUCAUUGCUCUCAUUAUUCAGAUUUUUCAAUUUGAACUAAAUAGAAAUCAAAUCAAAAGCAACCACAGGUUUUACAAAUUAGAACAUGAUUUUACUGGCAGUUAUUAUGACUCACUUUGUGACUCCUGUUGUCAGUAAUGAGGAUGUAAUUUGCCCUCCAAUGUGGAUGAACGAAUACAUCUUAAUAAAUACAACAGCAGUCCAUGAAAGAUAACUCGGAAGUAAAAACACAAUUAAUUUUUAAUUUUGAUGAGGGCAGAUCUGAAAGCAUAUUGAAAGCUAACAGAGCAUGUGAUCCUUUUUAAUUAUAGAUGAAUUUGAUGUCAGGCCAUAGUGUAUGUAUUGUACCAGACCACAUGGAAAGGCACGAGUCAUAAAACUAUACCACAAAUUGCUUAUACAGUGUUGCAGAGAGGGAACUAAGAAAGUCGCUUCACACAACAGUCCACAUUUGUCUCUAUUUAAGGUAGUGUAGGCUUUAUUAAACAAAAUAAAAAAUCCAGGCAAGCAUUAAGCAAGCAUUUACCCAAAGCUUAACAAAAGAAUUUGUUUUUUCAAGUCUCAUUUAAACCUGAGUAUAUUUUUUGUUUUUCAUACGUAAGCACAUUUGAAUACACACAUCUCUCUCUCUCUGCAUCUCACUCAUUUAAAUGCAUACCUACUCCCACUCACACACUAGGAUAAAAAAACGAGCAAAGGGACAAAAGAGAGAAAAAAGAACAUAACAAGUGGUUAUUAUUAACUCAGAGUCUCAUGACAUACUGUACAAAUACAUGUGACAAAUAAAAAAAAAAUCACUUCAUGUACUGUUUUUGCUAUUGAAGUAUACAGGUCACUGCUUUUGAAAGACCUCAUUAUACUGUAUGUACCUAUGUCUGAAAUGUAUUAUCAACACAUGUCUGUAAAACCACAGCCUUACACAAAAUAAAUAUUGCCCAACAAGUAUUACGGAAGUAAA